AAGUGACGGCGGCGAGGACCCGGAUGUGGAGGGGGCGGGGCUCCUGCACGCACCCCCGCCCGCGGGUCACGUGAGGCCGCUGUCACGUGACGGAGCGAUGGGGACGACGCUGGACGUGAGGGUGAAACGCGCCGGGAAAGUCUAUCGGGAUGGGGAAAUCCUUUCUGGGGUGGUGGUGAUAACCAGCAAGGACACAGUGCAGCACCAGGGGAUCUCCUUAACCAUGGAGGGCUCGGUGAAUCUGCAGCUCAGUGCCAAGAACGUGGGGGUGUUUGAGGCCUUCUGCAACACUGCCAAGCCCAUUCAGAUCAUCAGCAGCACCAUCGAGAUGGUGAAACCAGGGAAGCUCCCCAGCGGCAAAACAGAAAUUCCCUUUGAAUUCCCGCUGCAGAUGAAGGGCAACAAGGUUCUGUAUGAGACCUACCACGGGGUCUUUGUCAACAUCCAGUACACCCUGCGCUGUGACCUGAGGCGUUCCCUGCUGGCAAAGGACCUGACCAAGACCUGUGAGUUCAUCGUGCACUCCCUGUCUCAGAAAGGGAAGCUGCUGCCCAGCCCCGUGGACUUCACCAUCACUCCUGAAACUCUGCAAAAUGUCAAAGAGCGAGCCUCCCUGCCCAAGUUCCUGAUCAGAGGGCACCUCAACUCCACCAACUGCGUGAUCACGCAGCCGCUGACGGGGGAGCUGCAGGUGGAGAGCGCCGAGGCGGCCGUGAGGAGCAUCGAGCUGCAGCUGGUGCGCGUGGAGACCUGCGGGUGUGCUGAGGGCUAUGCCAGGGACGCCACGGAGAUCCAGAACAUCCAGAUCGCCGACGGCGACGUCUGCAGGGGCCUCCCCAUCCCCAUCCACAUGGUGUUCCCCAGGCUCUUCACCUGCCCCACCCUGGAGACCACCAACUUCAAAGUGGAGUUUGAAGUGAACAUCGUGGUGCUCCUGCAGGACGACCACCUCAUCACAGAGAACUUCCCCCUGAAGCUCUGCAGGAUGUGAGCAGCCCCAGGAGCGGCAGGAAGGAUUUCCUGGGAAUUCCUCUGAGGGAAAGUGGAACUUUAUCCAUGCCUGACAUCAGCUGGAGCCGCCUCUCUCCUUUCCUGUGCUCCCUCUCCCCGUUAACCUGGCCAAGACUUUGCCUCUCUGCAUUUCCCAAUCCUGCUGCCUUCAACAAUCACGGUUUCCCCAAAUUUUUUUUUUUCAGGAAAAUCCUGAAGGAAUCAUUCUGUAGCUUUCUACAGCUUGUAGAAUUAUGGAGCAAGUUCCUCUCUUGGCUUAAUUUUGUAAUAUUUGUUCUAAAGUCCUUUGAAGCCCCCUUAAAACUCACAAAUCCCAUUCCAGCCAUGCUGGGAGGGUGUGGGAAUUGUGGCAGAAGGAGCAGUGAGGUCUCUGAAGGUCCAAAAACGGUGCCACAGCUGUGGGAGUGGUGCUGUGGGAUCUGGUGGAUGGCACACGAGUGAUUCCAAAUCACACCAAGGAAAUUUUGGUGUUGGAAGAAUUAAUGGAUGUGUUUGUGACUGUACAGCUUAAAGGAAAAUUAAUUCAGCAAGAAAUAACCUUCCCAACACAAACAGGUUUGGAUGUUGUUUUCAUGGAACAGCCACAACUUGUGGAUUUUCCAUUAAUUUUCCAUGUGGGACAGAGGCAGGCUCAGUCUAUAAUAUGGAAAUUAGAAGUGUAAAGAUCAGCACCUAAAAAUGCAGAAUUGAGAAAACUGAGAAAAAUCAUUUCCUUUGGUUUGUCCAGCAGGAGAAUGUAAUUCCAGUUUGGGCCCUGAUGUUUCAGGGAGAAAAAAAAUGAAAUUUUUUUCAUUUCAUUCAUUUCAAUGUCUGGGAAGGGGGAAGGAAAUGGUAUUUACUGAAAAUGGUAUUUACUGAAAAUGGCAUUUACUGAAACUCAGCAUUUUCCCUGAGGCCAGGGGAAUUUGGGGAAGAGCUGCAGCCCCCCAAAAAUACAAGAAACUGAAAAGGAUUCCAGUGCUGGAAUUUUUAGGUUUUAAUUCUACAGCAGAGCAGUUACUCACCCCUAACUCAGAGUGAGCAGAAAUACUACACAGAAACAACGUGUUUGGCUGCAGAAGCAAUUUUAUUUUUA